AUGCGAUUAGCCACUUUGACAAAAUGGUUAGUCCGCUCCUCCCCCACUACUGGUCAGCCAGUAGGAUAUGUUACUGACUCUUCUCUCAGAUUGGCCAAGGGGGGGGAUAUUGAUGAGUGUGCCGGUACCCGCCCGGUCUGCCGAGCCAAUGAAAUCUGCCUAAACACUAUCGGCAACUAUUCCUGUGUCGAGCCGAAGUGUCCUGAAAAGUAUAAAUACGACAAACGAACUAAGUCCUGUCGCGUCCUCUGCCGCGACAUCCAACUGCCGUGCCCGCACGGGGCCAAGUAUGCCGACUCUGUACGCUACAUGGUCGUUAAUUUGCCUCCUCCGAUACCCGGAAGCCCCCCACGAUCCGGAUCCAGCGUGACUUUGCGCGUGGUGGACUCUCGCGAGGUAGGGCUGCGUCUAUUUCCCUUUAUUGCCACUUCCUUUUCACUUUAUUUUGCCUGA